CCCCGCGCGGCGCCGCCAUGUUGCGCGGCCGCGCUCGCAGCCAUGUUCCACAGCAGCACGCAGCGCCGGCACUGGACCUUCCGCGGCGAGGAGGAGCUGGCGCGGCGCCGCGCUGAGGGGAACCGCCGCGCCCGGGCCCGGGCGGCGGCCAGCGGCAAGGUGCCGCAGGGCGAGGCGGUGCUGCUGGAGCCGCACGAGGAGCUGGCGCUGUGCAAGUACUACGAGAAGAGGCUCUUGGACUUCUGCGCCGCCUUCAAGCCCGCGAUGCCGCGGUCCGUGGUGGGAACAGCUUGCAUGUAUUUCAAGCGUUUUUACCUCAAUAACUCAGUGAUGGAGUAUCAUCCUCGAAUAAUAAUGCUAACAUGUGCAUUUUUGGCCUGUAAAGUAGAUGAAUUUAAUGUAUCCAGUGCACAGUUUGUUGGUAACCUCCGAGAAAGUCCUCUUGGACAGGAAAAAGCUCUUGAACAAAUACUGGAAUAUGAACUGCUACUUAUUCAGCAACUGAAUUUCCAUCUCAUCAUCCACAAUCCAUACAGGCCAUUUGAGGGAUUUCUAAUUGAUAUUAAGACUCGCUAUCCAGUUCUGGAAAAUCCUGAAGUUUUGAGAAAAACAGCUGAUGACUUCCUUAACAGAGUGGCUCUGACAGAUGCUUAUCUGCUCUUUACACCCUCACAGAUUGCUCUCACUGCCAUAUUGUCUAGUGGCUCAAGAGCAGGAAUUAAUAUGGAAAGCUAUUUAUCAGAAAGUCUUAUGCUGAAAGACAACAAAUCAACAUUAUCCAGAUUACUAGAGAACAUGAAAUGCAUGAAAAAUCUCAUCAGAAAAUACGAAUUGCCAAGGCCUGAGGAGGUUGCUGCUCUAAAACAGAAGUUAGAGAAGUGUCACAGCUUGGACCUUUCAUUUAAUGCAAACUUGAAGAAGAGGAAAGGUUAUGAAGAUGAUGAAUAUGUCACAAAGAAAUGUAAAAUGGAUGAGGAAGAGUGGACUGAUGAUGACCUUGCAGAUUCAUCAUUACUUUGAAGGAAAAUGGACUCCUACCACUGCAGGAACCACUCUCUGGUGUCAGGUGUGACUGUGCCUGCCGCACGUUCCUUAUUAUGUGUCAUAAGAUGUUGAUGCUGUUGGUCUUUAUCUUGCCUUUAAUAAAAUAGUAAGUUGUUGUUCUAUUAAAACCUCAUCCAUUACAUGUCCAAAACCAGCAAGAUUUGUUUCAAGAGAUCUGGCCCUUGUUUUUGGUUCAGAAACAGUUAGUUUCUGAAAUAGUUUGAUGUGGCUGCAGCAUAGUGUUAAAAGCACCGGCUGCUUUAUUUCCUUUUCAUUCAUCCUGUUAUAAUUCUAAAGUACACACACCUUACAUGUAGCUUUAGGUGUUCACCAGUUUCAUUCUAUUUGCUGUAUUUUGUGUGUAACAGGUAAAUUAGGUAGGCAGCUCUGCUCUGUCUUCCAGUUUGUAUUUUUACCAUGUUAUAUUGUCUAUACCAAAGCAACUAAAUCCACAAAAUAAUCCCUUUCAUACACUGUUUACCAUCUAAGUAGGACAGAAUGAAAGGUUAAUUACUCCUCUGAGAUGCAGUUUAAUAUAGGCUUAUAUGUGUUUUGGGACAAUCUAAGAAAAGACUUCUCUAGUAACAAGGUCUUGCAAACAAGUGUGUAGUCAGUAUGGAAGAGCAUCACAUGGUGUUUGCCCAGUGCCAUACAUGUGACAUCUGUGAGCUCCCACCUUCAAAAAGCUGUUCCAGCUGGAGACCAGGUCAACACAGCAAAAGCCACUGUAAUACUACAGUAAAGGUGCAAAAGCAGUCUCUGAAUUUAUGUGACAGUGAUUUCUGAGUUCUGAUAAACAGGAAAAACACUGUAGGAUAUUGUAAAGAUUUACAACAGUGUAUGACAGAAUUAUUUAAGUGGUUAUCUCAUUAGUCUUGUCAGUAAAUCCUUUUAUUCCCUAUUACUGUAUCACUGCCUAGAAAGUAACACAACAGUGAUGAUGAAAUACCCUCUAAAGCAACAGCACAUUUUACUAUGUAAUUUUUUAAACAGAUUAUGGCAGUGUGAUGAGCAGGGGCACUUUCCACUAGACAGGGUUGCUGCAAGCCUCACUGAACAUGACCUUCAACACCAUUCAAGACUGCAGCAUCCCUGGCACUCUGCCAGUGCCUCACUCCACUCACAUGGAAGAAUUUAUUAAAUCUCAACCUACCCAAGAUGUUUUAAUAUCUACUUCCUCACCCAGUGAUGUACAAAUUAAGGCACAAGGACAAGGUAAUCUUGUCUGAGGACUCAUGCUCAAAAAGUGUCACAGUGUGAACACUUCAGAGUACAACACCAGUGCAGAUACUUUCCACAGCAGCCAGAGUUAGCCAGUUUCCAGAGAGUUUGAGAUAUGCAGCUUGAUUUAUUUUAAAAACUUUUCACUUAUAAAAAUAAUAUUUAUGCUAGACUUACAGUAUAAAAAAGACCAAACAAUACCUAUUUUAUAAAAUGGUUUAAUGAAUGCAUGCAUGUCUGAUAUAAUGAUCAAUAAAUUUACUGAAUUCAAAUUAUUUACCGUUGUAAACAUUUUACAAAAGCAUUGUGAUUUAUCUGGAUAUACAGUUCUUGAUGGAAGAACUAUUCAGACUGAAUCAGUGGCACAUCAAAAAAAUAAAGCUGACAAAGACCCAUUCUGCAUAUUCUCUUUCGACACCAUUUCAGCAAGAGAAACAGCAUGGUAUAAAAAGUGUACAGUAAAGGUUUUUCCUACCAUAACAUCGAAUUCUGGAAACUGUAAAUACAAGUUAAAAGUGGUUGAAACAGUCAAAAGUCGUAAUUAUUGUAACCAGUCAGAAAUUACAGUAAGAAAUGUAAUCCAGUUAUAGGUGGUUGUCAGAACAACGCCUUUCUUCUCAUGUCAGUUGAUAAUUCUUUUCCAAUCAGACAGCAAACACUUUGGCAAUCAGAGAUGCUGAAAAUUUCAAAGUCCUAGACACAGUCACAGCAUUUUCUCUGUAGAAGGUGAACUGUACACCAAGGCUCAGAGGUUGUGAAAUUUCAUUGUUUCCAAGUGGAAAAAAAAAAAAAGUGCAAAUGUCCUGCACAGAUAGCUUAAAAAAAAAGCUGCUGGUACAAUCAUUCACCAACAGGAUCUUUGUUUUCUUUUUGCAUAGUUCACACAUCACUGAGAAUGUGACAGGGUGUGCUAUUUUUGGCAAGAGCAAGAAGAAAGUGAUACUGGUGAGAGUUGCCAUGUUGGGCAUGCUGGAUCCAUGCAGAAUUCAGGUAGAAGGCUGCUACCUGAUGUUGUUGGACACCGAAUACUGAUUUUGUUUUUGUUGUAGCAGUUCAGUAAUGGCCAAAAGCUUCUUAAGAACAUGCUGU